ACCACAAAUGCUAUACGAAAGUGAGAUGAGUGUUUACGACCUGAAGGACCACCCCGACUUCCAGUACCGGCCGGGGACCGUCGUCAUCAGGGUCGCCAACUUCACUGGUGAAGACGCCAAUUGUACUGCUGGACAGGUUAUCGACAAUUUCCCGUCUGGUCGCGUGAAGGUAUGGUGGGUGGAUGGGCACACGAGUAUGUGCUGGCCACAGGAUCUAUACAAGGUAGGAGAAUACGACUCGGAAGAUGGAGAUCUUUGGGGCUCCGAUGGCUCCGCUUCGGAGGACUCGUGGGAGACUCAGAGCUCUGCGCACGAGUUCGAACCGCGCACCCCGGAGACGCCCCCGGCUGGUGAAAACGCACCCACCGGGGACCAUAUUCCAGCUCCUAUGUUGCCCCACAGCGAGGAGUCUCCCCUCAAUCUGAUGGCGGUCGGUUCGAAUAAGACAGAAUUGACGCCGCGGCUGCUGGAACCUCGGGUGGCGGCGCACAUAGAGCGUGGGCGGGUGGCAAUGCGACGCCUGGAGCAGAUGUUUGCAGAGCAUCCCACGCUCCAGAGCCAGGAGAUAAUGCGAAAACUACUAAACCUUUACAAAGACUGCCGCUUCUUGGAUCGUUUGAUGGGGACUACUUUCUUUCACGAGGAUCACUUCUUAGGUCUCAUAGAACGUGUGAAAGAACGCGGUGCAACCACACCGAGAGCUGGUGAGCGCCGCGUUCACGAACAACUAGCGAGACUGUUCGCGACCGAAUCUCAAACGGAGACCCCAGCUGAUGCUCGCGUUGAAGACCUGUUCACGAGCGAGCACGGCAAACCGAUAGUGGCAGCUAACGUCACGGAGACAGAGGAACCCAUGGAUGUAAGGCUACUGAUUAGUAUUCAAAGUCAAAAACACUUAUAA